CCCCGCUACGUCACAUGACGCAGCCCAUCAUGGCGGCUGGAGCGCGGCUACCUGGGCCCGCGGCUCCGCAGGAUCGCUGUUGUUGCUACUGUUGAGAGGCAGCGGCGGCGGCGGCGGCGCAGGCGGGCGGGAAGGAUGGUGUGUCCCCAGCCGGAGCGGCGGGUGCGGACCAGGAGCCGGGUUGAGUUUGGGCCGAAGCAACGCGUGCUCAGGAGCAGCCGGCGCGGGUGCCGCUGAGGCUGGACCGACUGGCGGACUGACGGACCCUCGGAAGGCGACCCGAGAGCCAGCCCCGGGGGGCCGCGCCGUGGUCGAGAUGCCGGGGCCGCCCGCAUUGCUGCUGCCGCUGCUGCUUUUGCGCCUGGUCGUCGGUUAUGCCGGGGCCGCGCCACUUCCGCAAACAGGUGCAGGGGAGGCACCUGUUACAGAAGUUCCCUCAGCGUUUGUGAUCCUAUCUGUGUGCAGUUUAAUGAUAUUAAUAGUGUUAAUUGCAAACUGUGUUUCUUGCUGUAAGGACCCAGAAAUAGACUUUAAGGAAUUUGAAGAUAAUUUUGAUGAUGAGAUAGAUUUCACACCACCAGCAGAAGACACCCCAUCUGUCCAGUCCCCAGCAGAGGUCUUCACACUCUCAGUACCAAAUAUCUCGCUCCCAGCUCCAUCACAGUUCCAGCCUUCUGUGGAAGGUUUGAAGUCUCAAGUUGCUCGCCACAGUCUAAACUAUAUACAGGAAAUUGGAAAUGGCUGGUUUGGAAAGGUCCUCCUUGGAGAGAUUUAUACAGGCACAAGUGUAGCAAGAGUAAUAGUGAAAGAAUUAAAAGCAAGUGCAAGCCCCAAGGAACAGGAUACUUUUUUGAAAAACGGCGAACCUUACUAUAUUCUUCAGCAUCCAAAUAUUCUCGAGUGUGUGGGACAGUGUGUAGAAGCAAUUCCCUAUCUUCUGGUGUUUGAGUUCUGCGACUUGGGCGACCUGAAGGCUUACCUGCGCAACGAGCAAGAGCAUGUGCGCGGUGACUCGCAGACCAUGUUCCUGCAGAGGAUGGCGUGUGAGAUCGCUGCGGGGCUGGCCGCUAUGCACAAGCUGCAUUUCCUGCACAGUGAUUUAGCCCUGCGGAAUUGUUUUCUUACCUCUGACUUAAAUGUGAAAGUGGGAGAUUAUGGAAUUGGAUUCAGCAGGUACAAGGAAGAUUAUAUCGAGACAGAUGAUAAAAAAAUUUUCCCUCUGCGAUGGACUGCACCAGAGUUAGUAACCAGCUUCCAAGAAAGACUACUGACUGCAGAGCAAACUAAGUAUAGUAAUAUCUGGUCUCUGGGUGUGACACUAUGGGAGCUUUUUAAUAAUGCUGCUCAGCCCUAUGCAAACCUGUCUGACCUGGACGUCCUCAAUCAGGUCAUCAGAGAGAGAGACACAAAGCUCCCAAAGCCCCAGUUGGAGCAACCCUAUUCCGAUAGAUGGUACGAAGUUCUCCAGUUCUGUUGGCGGUCACCAGACAAGCGGCCAGCAGCCGAGGACGUGCACAGACUGCUGACUUACCUGCGGAUGCAGAGCCAGCGGGACCCGGAAGUCGACUUUGAGCAACAGUGGAACGCUCUCAAGCCAAACACCAACAGCAGAGACACCUCAAGCAAUGCAGCGUUCCCAAUCCUCGACCACUUUACGAGAGAUCGGCUGGGUCGAGAGAUGGAGGAGGUCCUCACAGUGACCGAAACAAGCCAGGGGCUGAGCUUCGAGUAUGUGUGGGAGGCCGCCAAGCACGAUCAUUUCGAUGAGCGCAGCCGGGGCCACCCAGAUGAAGCCUUGUCCUACUCCAGCAUCUUCUUUCCUGUCGAAGUGUUUGAGAGCUCCCUUUCCGAUCCCGGGCCCGGAAAACAAGAUGACAGUGGCCAGGAGGUCCCGCUUAGGGCCCCUGGGGUGGUUCCUGUGUUUGAUGCUCACAACCUUUCUGUUGGAAGCGACUAUUACAUCCAAUUAGAAGAAAAAAGCGGCAGCAACUUGGAGCUUGAUUACCCACCCGCAGUACUCACGACGGAAAUGGAUAACCCAGACAAGGCAGGAGCUGAGGCAUCGCAGUUCACAGCCCUCAGGAACCUUGACUUUGAGGAAUCUAGUACAGAUGAGGAUUUCUUCCAAAGCAGUACAGACCCUAAAGAUUCUAGCUUAGCCGAGGACUUACAUGUUACCAGUGGCCCUGAGAGCCCUUUCAACAAUAUAUUCAAUGAUCUUGAGAAAGCUGAGGAUUUGCCCAGCCACCAAAAAAUAUUCAACUUAAUGGAACUCAAUGGCGUUCCAGCCGACUUUAAGCCAACCACUGUAGGUUCAAGUUUGGAGGACUCCAGAAAGUCAGGAAUAAGUUGCCGCUCUGACAAAGAAAAGCCCUGUAAGCUUUUUGAUCAUGAGCCUUUGUGUUUAUCAGAAAACCUUUUGCACCAAGAUCACUUUGAUCCAUUGAGUGUUCAAGAAUUGUCAGAAAACUUCCUGUUUCUUCAAGAGAAAAACUUACUCAAAGGCUCGCUGUCUAGCAAGGAACUUAUAAAUGAUCUUCACACAGAACUUAAGAAUGCUGGUUUUACUGAAGCCCUGUUGGAAACAUCACAUAGAAACUCUCUAGACAGUGAGCUUAACUUUGCUGAAGAUGCACCCUGCUCUGCUGUGUCACAGGAGAACACAAGCACCAGGGGUGAAGAUGCAGGUGUCACACUCAAGGGUGCGACUCAGAGCACCUCAGUUCCAUCUUCCCCGGAAGCACAGGUACCUCCUACCUCUCUCCCAGCAAAAGAAACAUCUCCUGGUGGCCCCUCAGAUUCACUUCCGAAGCCAGGAGAAGGCAAGCCCACAGGUUUGGACUGCAGUGUCCCUGAGCACUGUCCCUGCCAGGACCCUCACCCAGACUCUAUGCCCACCCCCACUGAAAUUCCCUCCACCAAUGCCAGCACCCCCAGCAUGGACAGUGGGCCCCCUGACAGGACUUGCCAAAAUGAGGAGGCCUUAAGACUAACAAAAAGGGACGCUGCCCUUGUGGAUGGUAUUCUUGCCAGUCAGGCCAGUAUACGGGACAGUCUUCCAGAACCCAGACAGGACUUACAGAGUCAGCCCUUUUCAGAAGACCAGCAUGGUGGCAGUUUCCAGGAGAAAAACUUAGAAGCCGUGGAGACUUUAAAUCAGCUCAAUUCUAAGGAUGCCACCAAAGACACAGGCUUGGCGUCUGCACUUUCCUCAGAUUCCACCAGCCAGGACAGCCUCCUGGAAGACAGCUUAUCCACAGCCAUCCCAACCUCUGAGCAAUCUGUGGAGACCCCAGACUCCCUGGAUUCUGUGGACGUCCACGAAGCUUUACUAGAGUCCUUAGGCUCCCGCACCCCUCAGAAGCUCGUGCCCCCUGAUAAGCCAGCAGACAGUGGCUAUGAAACGGAGAACUUGGAGUCUCCUGAGUGGACUCUGCACCCUGCCCCUGAGGGCACCUCAGAUUCAGACCCAGCUGCUGCCGGAGACCCUGGGCAUAGCAGUUUGCUCCCCAACCCAGUCAUCGUCGUCUCAGAUGCAGGCGAUGGCCACAGAGGGGCAGAAGGCGCCUCACAGACCUUUGCCCCGGGCUCCCAGAGCUCAUAUCGAGACUCUGCGUACUUCUCAGACAAUGACUCGGAGCCAGAUAAAAAGUCCGAGGAGAUCCCAGGAGCCUCCACCUCAGCCUUGGUGCUGAUAAGGGGCGAGGCGCUGUCCGAGCCAGUCAUCCCAGAGCAAAGCCCAGGUGCCAAAGACAGCUGCCUGGAAGCCCAGAAAAGCCAACCAGAUCAAAGUUGUCCGUCUGUUCUGCAGAAUCCUGGCAACCUGCAGUUGGGAGAAGUGUUGGAGCUAGCACAGGCUGAUGUUUCCAAACAGACACAUCCUGUGGAAGAUGAGGCCAGCAGCCCCUUAAGUUUGCUGAAUUCAGAACUGAGUAGUGGCGAUGACUUUGAGGCACAGGAAGAUCAUCACUGCAUCCUCACCUCGACGGGAACCAACACUAAUGAACUCCUUGCAUACACAAACUCUGCCGUGGACAAGUCCUUCCCCAGCCACGCCGAGGGCCCCAAACUGAAGGAGCCAGACAUCGAAGGGAAAUACCUGGGCAAACUCAGCGUGUCCGGGAUGCUCGACCUCUCCGAGGACGGAAUGGAUGCUGAUGAGGAGGAUGAAAACAGCGACGACUCCGACGACGACCUGAGGGCCUUCAACCUGCACAGCCUCAGCUCUGAGUCGGAAGACGACACAGAGCAUCCUGUGCCCGUGAUCCUCAGCAACGACGAGGACAGCCGGCACUUGCGGAGCCUGCUGAAGCCGGCAGCAGCCGCAACUGUGGCCAUCAGUCAGCUGCCUGAAGACUGGAAGAAGGAAAAGAAGGCAGUCACUUUUUUCGAUGACGUCACAGUCUACCUGUUUGACCAGGAGACCCCGACCAAAGAGCUGGGGCACUGUGGAGGAGAAGCACACCACCCCGGGCCCAGCAACCCGGCACCCACCGCAGGCUCACCAUACCUGAGCAGAUGCAUAAACUCUGAGAGCUCCACAGAUGAAGAAGGUGGCGGCUUUGAGUGGGAUGAUGACUUCUCCCCAGAUCCUUUCAUGUCGAAGACGACAAGCAACCUUCUGGGUUCCAAGCCUUCCCUUCAGCCGUCCAAGUACUUUUCCCCACCACCACCAGCCCGGAGCGCAGAGCAGAGCUGGCCACACGUGUCACCCUGCUCCAGGUUCUCCAUCUCUCCUGCCAACAUCGCCAGCUUCUCUCUCACGCACCUCACUGACUCGGACAUUGAGCAAGGAGGCAGCAGUGAAGAUGGAGAAAAGGAUUAAGUGGCCUCGAACACAGUCUCCAGGCCAGAGCAGCGACUUCGGCUGACAUGAGACUGGAGGACUGUGGAGGCCGAGCUCGGCGGCUGCCCCACCCGCUCACCACAGCCGCACGCCCGAGGUCCUCACACACUUGAAGGGCUCACACGUUGAUCAUUCUGCAUCCGCGUGGGGGAACUGCGCGUGCCAGGGUGUGUGUGUUUUCUGUGCUGCAUCCUUCCCGUCCACGCCCGUGCCUCCGGGUCUGCACAUGGGUGCCGCGGGGGAUGCGCCAGGGGAAUGGUCACGAGUGAGCCAUAUUUAUUGUUGUAAAAGAAAUCACUAAUUGCUCUCUGUAAUUGCACUGUGGAUAAGUGUUCUAAGAGUCACCAAUAUUGUACAGAAUCGUAAAUUAUUCAAGGAAAAUACAGCAGGUCAAGCUGGUGCUAUCCACUAGUUUGAUUUUUUUUUUUUCCUGUUUGAUAGUUUGUUUGCCCUGCAUGGUACUUGUAAAGCUUAAGUAUUUUGAGUGAUAUGCUGUCUUCAGAAUUAUUGGAGCUGUAUAUAUGGUACUCUUUCAUACCUGAUACUGAUUCUGAAUGUUAGUGUUUUAUGUUCUUAUAGGAAAUAUUUUUGAUGAGUCCAAAAAUACUGCUCUGUUACUUACAAGGAUUGAAUCAAACAUGUUUUGUCUCUUCCCUAGAAGGCGCUUUCCCUGUGGCAAAGGCAGCUUCUCUGAGCUGCCAAAGGGUCUUGCAGCUUCCCUGGGAGAUUCUCCCCCCACCGCCCCUGGUGUUUUAGCCUUUGGUAAAGACUGACAGGUCCACCCCACACAGCUCUGGGUUGCAGUGCAGGGCCACAGUGUGGUGUGGCAGGUCAGGCUGUGGGGGUCCUGCCGAGUCCUUCCUUUGACAAGGGGGGGACCUUGGAGGCAUGCGUGUUCCCCUGAGGGGCUCUGGCUACUGAGGAUGGUUUGUCCACUGCAGGUGGUAUGGAUUCGAGCUCUGAAAACAUUUCCCAAGCUGGAUUUUCAGCUUGGAGCCACUCCGAGUCCAGCCAGGAAUGGCCCAUCUCUGCGACCCGGGACACACAACUGUGUGGAAGGGACAAGGACACAGCAGAACCCCAGCAGCCAGCGCGUCCUCCUGUGUGGGUUCACGCUCUGCACAGCCCCCAGGGCCCGUCUGCCUGGCCCUUUCCUCCUGCUGUAGGCACCAAGUCCUCUUGCUUUGAAAGGAACUGAGCGUCUCCAGUGCAGCUUCGUCCGAGACCAGUGUCCCUCACACAAAGCUGACCUCACUGUCCUGGUCUGGGGUCCUGCUCGGACAGCAGGAGGUCCCCCGUGGCUGUGCAGCGGGCAGCGCUGUGCCGUGCCGAGCAGAGCACCGUUCCUGCCGGGUCUGGGCAGGGCCCCCUCCCUGCACCAGCCCUUCACCCCAGCGGUUCCCGGUGCUGCUCGGCUUCCCGCGCUCCAGUGUAUGCUGCGAUGACCCCAGGCCCUCGCUCUCGGCCGCAGGGCUUGGGUCCCAGUGCAGACUGCAAAUGUGGAUGUUGGCUACAGUUUACAUAGUCGAUUAUGACCUUUCUUAUCAAUUCUGAUUCACUCCAUGAAUUUUUUUAUACUAAGCAAUAAUUUUCCAAAGCGAGAAAAUUCUGAAUGGAGUUGUCCUUAUCCCCCACUUGGUGUGAGCAGAGCGAGUGCUGGGGACCUGCAGGGAGCACUGGCUCUUGGAACACCUGUAUUAAAGACAGGGCAUUUCAAAGGUGAUGUUGCCAAAACUGUCCUAACUCUGAAUUUCUUACCAUGGAGACUUCCUGAGUUUUCCAAAUUUUUACCUCUUCCUACUAGUCUUAGUUGAUUGAGAGAGAAGUGAGAGGCAAUUAUAUUACAUUAUUUAAAUGAUAGGUCCAAGGAAUUCAGAUUUAACGACUAGAAUCUAGCAGAUUCAUAGAAUGUAUGGCAUUCUUAUACAGUAAGCCCAGGAUAAGUUUAUUGAUGUUUCAGGGCUGUGCAUUUUCACUACGCUGAGAUUUUAACAACAUAUGUCCCAUUUUUAAUUUUUAUAUCGCUCAUAAUUUAUUGCCAAAAAAAGCAUUUUGUACAUUGAGCCGGGGGGUGGGGUGGGGUGGACUGUACUAUGGUGUUGCAUGGAAGAGGGGGAGACUUUCUCAUCAACAUGGGAGUCAUCGUGUUCUUUUGGAAUCUCAAGCAAUACGAAGAAAUUUAACUAGGUUAAAACUUCAGCCCAUUUUUGAAAUGUCGGCACAUGCUUUGUCAUUUGGUUCAGGCUUUUUUUAAAACAUAAAUCAGUUACCAGUGGUAGGUUUUCAAACAUACUUGUUCUAAUAAGUUAUGCAAUGAAAUAAAUCAGUGGAAUUCUCUGGAUGAUGUGGGGAGGUUGCCAAUACGUGGUUGGCAGAGUGUGUAUUUUAAAUCCUCCAAUACAAAUAAUCUACCCAUUUCCCUCCUAGCCAGAUGCUGAUUUGUGUUAUUAACCGACCCUGUCAUACGACAGAAAAAUGUGGAGAGAGUGCUCCCAGAUCCUCCUGAGACUCCACAUCCGGGUCAGAAGCUGUUCAUCUGCAGGGUGAAAGAAGCAAGCUUAACUAUGCUGACUUGACAGCAGAGCAUCCAUUCUAUUUUUAGAUGCUCAAGCCCUACUGUUUCUAUAGAGAUGGCUUUAUCUAAGAAAAGUCCUUGUAUGUCUUUGCCUCCAUAAAAGGCCUUUCAAACACCCUUUCCUUUGAUUCAUAUUUCCUAUAGGGUAUUUGUAGAAUUAAUGACCUAUUACAUGUCUGUCCCCAGGACCAGGUGGAAGGGAGACAGCUCCUCAUUUUCCUCUCCCCAGCACCUCCCUCCAUCACUUGAAAAUUCAGAUGAUGUCUUUGAGGUUUUGGGCUUCAGAGCAUUGGCCUUGGGAGAAGUAGCCUUAAAAUAAGAAUGUGUGUACACGCUGACUUCAGAAAAAUCUCAGAACAAUAUUCCUAGGUAGUAAAGGUUUGGCCUCAUUCCUGGCUGUUGAAAAGUAAAACUCUCUUUAAUAUUUAAGUAAGUUUUUAAACAUGUGUUGACAGUAUUGCACCACCAAUAACCUGUUCGGUCAGCUUGAGAAGCUUGAAUAGGGGCUGUUAGGUCACAGAGGUCUGCGGAGAGAUAGUCCCAUCCUGACGAUGGGACUGGUGUGUCGUGUACCCACUGUUUUCUUCCUGUCUGCAGACGAGGACCUGGGCGGUGAUCACACCUACCAAGUCUCACACCUUCUAACUUGUACUAACCACCGCAGAAAGAGGUUCACGGCAAUAUAACAGUUAAUGAACUUCAGUUUAAAUUGUGUACAUUUUUAAAUUGUAAGAUUUUUACUGUAUAUUGAUGCAUAGUGUGAUUCAAUAAAUUGCUUGUAAUUUAAAAACUAUUUAAUAUUCGAAAUAAAUAUAGUUAUAUAUUUAUAAA